AAGAUUGAACGCAGAGAGAUCUGGCAUUCUAUUGAGAAGGGGGGACAGUCAGAGCAGACACUGCCGCUCCGAAGUAGCUUAGAACCACGUAUAGCAGCUCACGAAGGUUGUGCAAAACUUAGUUGGCAUGAUGUAUUGAGCUAUGCAAACUCAUUUCCUUCCUCUGGCGCACUUUGCUAUCAAGAGUCAUGGAGAAGAUGCUUGUGAACGUAAAGAAAUGGAUAGAAGAAAACAGAGCUGUCUUCUUGCCUCCAGUAUGCAAUAAGCUCAUGCACCGCUAUCAGCUCAAUGUAAUGUUUGUUGGUGGGCCAAACCAAAGGAAGGAUUAUCAUAUUGAAGAAGGUGAAGAGUUGUUCUACCAGCUGGAAGGAGAUAUGUGCCUGAAGAUAAUAGAGAAUGGAAAACAAAAGGAUAUCUACAUUAAAGAAGGAGAGAUGUUCCUCUUACCAGCCAGGAUACCACAUUCCCCUCAGAGAUUUGCAAACACUGUGGGAUUGGUUAUUGAGAGAAAAAGAUUAAAGACUGAAACCGAUGGACUCAGAUACUACGUUGGGGAAUCAACCAAUGUCCUUUUUGAGAGGUGGUUUUACUGUGAAGACCUUGGCACACAACUUAUCCCAAUAAUCCAAGAGUUUUUCAGCUCAAGGCAGUAUCAGACUGGAAAACCCAAUCCAGAUGAACUUUUGAAAGAAAUGCCUUUCCCCUUAAACGAAGCCAAGGUCAUGGAUCCUUUUUCCUUUCAAGGCUGGCUGAACGAUCAUCGUGAAGAGAUAGAUCAGAAGAAAUCCUUCAGACUUUUUGGAGACAGCUCUGAAACUGAGGUUAUAAUUUUUGGACCAGGAAUAACCAAAGAGGGAGGAAAGAAUGCAGAUGUAUGGCUAUGGCAGCUGGAAGGAACAUCUGUUGUUACUGCUGACAGUAAUACCCUGUGUCUAGCAAAUGGAGACAGCCUUCUCAUCCCAGAACAGACUGCGUUCCAGUGGAAGAGAGCUGAAGGAUCCAUUGCUCUUUCCGUUAUUCAGGAUCCUGCACGGAAAAGACCCUAUACCUGAGUUGCUGGCAAGACUGAUUCAUAAAAGACUGAUAAAAUGUUAUAUGUGAGCACUGCAAUCGAAGAAGAAGAAGAAGAAGAAGAAGAAGAAGAAGAAGAAGAAGAAGAAGAAGAAGAAGAAGAAGAAGAGAUUCAUUAAUCUUGAAUCCACACAUCUAAAACUAUAUGACACCACUUUAAACAGUCAUAGAUUCCUCCAAAUAAUCCUAGGAAUGGUAGUUUGUUAAAGUUGACACGACUCCCUAGGAAGAGGGAUUGAUUGUCAAACGACUCUGGAAUUGUAUCUCUGGGAAGGAAUAGGAGAGUUUACAAGCAACUCUCAGCACCCUUAAUAAACUACAGGGCAACUGA